AUGGGAGUACUGGACCCGGAGGUCCUCAUGGCUUGUCUUGCGGCCAGGAGAAUCGCUGGACUCCUGUCGGAGGGGAACGGCAAGAAAAAAGAAAUCAUGCUUAAAACCGGGGUGCACAUUCAGCUGAAUGUGCAUCAAAGCCGAACCGCGUUGAAUGUGCACCCUGGUUUUAAAGCGGCGGGGCUCCCGAUGGGAGAAGACACUUUCACGGCGCACGAAAAGGUGUUGAAGCACUGGCCGGGACACGGGGAGCGGUGGAAGCAGACCUGCGAAACUUUCCUGAAAUCGCCUCUCGCUGACACAGGGAAAGUCAGUAGCAAGGAGGAGGUGGCGCUGGAAAGAAUUAUUUUCAACAGGAACGUGCUGCUGAACGGCACUAACCCAGUGGGCGGGCAGAAGGAGGCGAAAGGGCUCUGGGAUACUCGCAUGGGGGACCUGGUAACCACAUCGCCCUCAGGCGAAGCAGCAGUUAAGGACAUGGAUGUCUUGGAAAAAGAGUUGAGGGGCAAGGACUCUGCUCGGCUGGCUCUCAAAGCCUUUGCUGCAGCCCCGGAGGAGUGGAAAACCCUGCUGAUCCCCAACGGCACGGCUGGAGGAGGAGGGGAGAAAGAAGCGGUUACAGCGGUGACAGCAGGGGGGUGUCGCGGGGCCACGGCUUCAAUUUUCCGCGAAGCAGGCAAAGUGGUCUGGUCGAUGGUGCGGCAAGAUUGA